AAGACGGUCACUCCAUAAAUAUGCGAACUCGUGUCACCCUGCUCGCGUUGACAAGGUCCGUUUGACAGGCAAGGUGCGUUCCACGUAUUCACCUGCACCGAGCUAGCGAAACGUCCCAACGUCGUGAAAAAACGACCGAACGGACGAUAACACCAAUCGGCACGACCUGAAACCUGCUUAAAACACGGAAACCCACCGGAACGACGACGGCUGAUUUUCAGGGAACUUUCAAUCAGAUUAUAAAUUCAUGGCCAGAUAUUCUGUAAACAUUGGAGUAGAGACCUCACUACGUGAUUCCCUUGAGUGGUUCGAGUAGCGAUUUUAAGAGCACCGAUGGCGCAGUCAAGGUAGAACGCUGAGCGUUCCGAGUGACCGCCAGGGGGAGAGGAAGGUGAUGUACAAUGAAUUACGGGGGAGGCCUGCCGGACUGGCAGCAGUAUAACGUGCCCCAGAGGAGCGAGUCGCUGGUCGGUACGCAGAAUGUCAACGGGAACCACCUGUACGUGUCGAGCCUCGGCGAGCUCAGGCCCGAGUUCGAGGGUCUCGCCAAGCCACGUGGGGAGGCUUACGGGUCGAGGAACCCGCAUUCACCGGGAACCCUCGCAGGAGCGAACGGCCUGGUGCACUUCCCCAUACCGAGUGCCGUCCAGAUGCCAGGAUGCGUGAAGCUCUACGAGACGGAGAUUUCGGGGAAGAACGGCGCCUCCGAGGGGACCAUCGGAGGCCCGAGCAGAAACGGGUCCGUGGAGUCGAACGAGGUCCCCAGGGUCGGCAACCAAGCCUUAUCGGGUCCGGUGUCGAGGACGCAUCUGCCCAACAUCAACGUCAACCACUUGGUCGGGAACCCCCCUCCAGGGCCCCCCAGGAACCCCACGAUAGGGCCCGGCAGACAAGUCCCGUACGGGCCAUGCAAGGGACCCUGCUGCGUGCCCGACCCCAACGCCGGGUAUCGCCACUGGGAGAAAUUCGGAGUUUUUCAGCCGAACGGGCCUUAUCGGGAGAACAUGCACGGCUCAGGGUAUGGCCAGGUCGUGGAGAACCGACGGUAUCCCGGGGGAGAGUUCAACUUCGGCAAGGAGGGGUUCGAGGGGAAAGACGUACUGGGGCCGGUACCCUUGGCCGUGGACCCCCGCAGGAGCUUCCCCGGGUAUAAGUACCAGAAGGAACCCAUCCCGAGUAAUUACCCUUCCUCGUCCAGGGUACUCCCGAAUUAUCCUAUCCAGGGGUACAACUUUGCCGAGUACCAGAAGUAUCCCUACGCCAUGAAGAACUACCCAUCCGGGGGUGGCAUGGACUCGCAGAACCCGGGACUCCUGAACUACCAAGACCAGAGUAUCGUCGUGCAGCAGAAGUACUCGGGGCAGAUGCAGUACCAGAACAGCCAGAGGGGGAUCGUUCCUCCGGGGGCGAGUGGAAGCGUCGCCGGGCCCGGGGAGAACCCUUAUUUCACCCAACAACACGUCAGAGAGGUCCCCAGGAAGUUCGUCAGGGAUUGCCGGGAGGGCGACUUCAACCUGGGGUACGGAGCGAUGGAGGCUGCGGCUCCUCUUCAGGAGGUGUACGCGAACUAUCAGAUGUACCAGAGGAAGAUCGCCGUUCAGAAGUUCACCCUGGAGAAUCAUCUGAAGGAGAUGUCGAGGAUCCCCGGGUACCAGACGCACCCCAAGUACCAGGAGUACUUGAUGAGGUACCGAGAGCUCAUCACCCUUCAGCAGACCGUCGAUCGGCAGAACGGGAACCUGCAGGAGGCGCAGCAACCCAUGGCUUCCCCGAUUGGCGGUGAGGUACAAUCGAUUAAUCUCCAGUUCAAUCAGAAUGGGGUAUUGAUCAAUUCCAGCUGCGUCGCGGAUGGCUUUGCCAGUGCCCAGAGAGCUGACCCGGUUAUGGGGAACGUUGGACACCAGGAACAGGAUAGGUUAUUGACGGGCAGGGAAACUGCACUGGAGUCCAGGAACGUCCAGGCCGAGGAACGAAAUAUCGACCACCCUCACAAGGUGGACCUCUCUUCGUCGUCUUCUUCGUCGUUUCAAGAGUCCUCUUCCCAGGACGAAGAUCGCUUCCCCGUGAGGAGAGACUUCGGUCAGGAAGAGGUCAGCGAUGGGACGUCGGGAAGAAUGGGUCUAGACCCGCUGGACAAGGAGGACGAGGACGACUCGGUGCAGAGGAAGACCUCGAAGAACUUCGCCAACAAGCCGGACCUGGAUGUAAGGCAGUUCCUCGCUAACUGGGGCGAGUCCGAGGACGAGGAGAUCCUGGAAACCGUUCCCAGUGAACCGGUUACCAUCACCGUCGCCAAUUUCAGCAAGUCCACCGUCGACGUCGUCGACUUUGGGCCGAAUGUCGACCUGAGCAACGCCGAGGUCUUGAAGUCCUUCGAUAAGGACAGCUACGGGGAGAUCGGCCUCGCGGAACACAAGGACGAGAAGAUCAUCGUGGAAGUUGGGGAAGAUGGUUCUCCGAAAGCUGAUUCGCAUCCAGGUCCUCUGGAGCUCCUGGUAAACGAAAAUGAGACCCCGAAGAGCGUGGAAGAGUCUGGGAGCUUACACCGCGCCGAAGACGCACCUGAGGAGACCUCGACGUCCAACGAUGGAGGAGGGAAUUCGGAGGCAGGCUCAGGGUUCCAGGACACCUUCAUCGGGAUCGGCUCCACGGAGUCGAAGAAGGACUCGUUCACUUCUCUACAGGUGGUGAACGAGUCGUACGAAGGUACCCUGAAGAGCCUCGACGCAGUGCCUUACCUCCAGCUGCAAGGUCAGGAGAAAAUCUCGUGUUCUACUCUCGAGUCUUCGUCGAUCGCCUGCAGGGAGGUGGAGACCCUGAAGACGUCCGACGAAAAUUUAAAUUCCGUCGCGGAGACCAAGCAACAGGUGUAUUCCGGCUCCGGUCUGAGCUGCAGCUUCGAGGAGACUUUAGAGCGGAUGAGAGAUGCGAAACACCACGAGGGAAGACCUGGAGAGACGCCGACGACCCUGAAGAGCCGCACGGGCUCCUCCGAGGCGAAGUUCCUGAAGCAGGGCAGUUUCGCCAGCGAAGAGUCCCACAAUAACGACGACCUCAGUCUGCCCGAUUUAGCGACUUCGGAGUGCACCCCCUUGUCCACGACAUUGAACACCCCGGUGCAUUCCGACAGCGAGGAGAGUCCCCAGCGAGAGGUGGACCUGACGAUCCCGUCGAACCCCAUCGAGAUCAUCGGGAGCGACCAGGUGAUCGGAUUUCCACAUUCUCCCAUGAAGUUGGACGCCCCGGAGAGCGAAACCGGGAGGAAACGGUACAACGGUUCCGAGGACUUUUACUUCAAGAACGCCGAGUACGACGGAGGUUUGGAGAACCGAAAGGUUGGAGAAGACAACAUCGAAGUCGCCAACGAUCCGGAAGAGUCUCUUCGGCUCUGCGAGUCUACCCACGGGUCGAAAGAGACUUUGGGCCCGGUUUCGUUGCUUGGGGCAGGUGAGGAUAUCUUAUUAGUUGAGGAAAACUUCAACGGUGCGAUGGAUUCUCAGGAUUGGGCCUCGUCGAGCAAGAAGUACAACUUGGGGGUCCAGGAGUCUGAAGAGCCCCGUGAAAUGGGUCCCAGCAAGAUAGGGACCAUUGGAGGACCAGGAGGUGCCGAGGGCUCUUCAGGGUCCAUCGACGAGGUGUUGGACGAUCAUCCUGAAAAAGAUCUCGGGUCGUUUCUGGACAAAAGUGGGGUUGCCGAAGAGUGUUCGUCGGAGAUCAACCUUCCCCUCACUCCUGGAGGUGAUCUGCGUGGGGAUCGAGAGGGCGACAAGGUCGACGGUCUUCUGGAGCCGGAGAUGAAGAAGAAGUUCGUAAUGGACGGCGAGGGCAGCGGCUCGGAGGUGGACCCUUCCUUUUGCUCGCUGGAAGACAAGAAAUCCUUGUGCCAGGAAAAGGAGUACUCUCGCACCGUCCUUGGUCAGUUGGGUUUCCCGGGCGACCCCAACAUGAUACCACUGAUACCGGGCGAGGAAACGGAAGAGCCGAAGAUGCCGGUCCAGCCCAUGGAGGGGAACUGCCUGACCGCCGUCAUCAAGGACACCAUGCCCAUCACCGACCUCAGCAUCCUGGAAUCCGACGAGGAGAAGCUGGACAAGGUCGAGGACAUCUGGGGGGAGGUGAGGUGCAUCGAAAAGGACGGCAUCUCCGGGGUCUACGACGACGAGUACGAUCAGCAGGACAUGGACCUGGAGGAAGGGUCCACGGAUGAUCAUCAGUCCUUCGACACGUUCAAGCCUUCCACCGAUGAGAACCAGUCGACGAUGGCUAGGAACCAAGGAGAAGAGAAAAAGGACCAUGCCGAAGACCUGGCUAAGGAAUCGGUGGAACGGUUCCACCUUAAAAACCCUUCCGAUGAUCUUCCCACCCUGGUAGACUACGACGACGGUCGCAGGAACCGAAAGGAUGGCUCGAGUCGCGAAAACGAAUUCGAUCCUGGUAAGAUAUGUGACGGUACGUCAAGUGAGUUCCUUGGACAGAUAAAAUGUGAGUCCAAGGACCCUGAAGGAAAAAACGCUCGGCUUGAGCCGGGGUCGGUGCUCCGUGUUGACAAAUUAUCGCCCGGGCAAACGGAGAGAGGCGACUCCAGGAAGGAGAGGAUAAAGCUACUGAAGGAGUUCAGGAAGAUCAAGAAGAGGCCCAACUCGCACCAAAGUGCGACCGAUAAAACGAGUUUGCCGUCUGCGGACGUCACUUCCGGUCCUGUACCUAAGAAUACCUCGAAAAGUGCCGGUGUUGGUGAGAAUUACGCAGUUGAGAGGGUCCAGAAGGAUCCCGCUGAGACUUUAGCCGUGUCGGAUCUUGCUAACUGCCAGAGUAACUCCCAGGAAUUGCGGAACGAGUCCAUCGCCAUGAUCAAAGAUGAGGCUCCUGAAGAAGUCCCUGAAGAGUCGAAAUUAUGCGAUGAUUAUGCGUCGGGCUCGCGGGGCGCCUUCGAGAACAAUUUUCAGAUCCAGGUGGAUAGUCUGGAUUUGAGGAAUAUGGAGGAAUUUAUGGAGAAAGGAGUCCUUGAGGCCGGGAACGCUGACCAGGGCGCUGGAGAGGCGAAAGACUCCAUGAAUAUGCUGUUGACGGUGGAAUGCGAUUACGAUUCAGAAAAUUUGCAUAGGCAACAAGCCUUGGAAGUAGACCACGCGAUAGAGGGAUUAGUCGCCUCCGCCAUUGAUAACGUUCAUUCCGAGGUGGACGAAUACCUGAAGAAGUACCAGGAACCUGAAAAAGAAACCGCUCCUGGAUUCGGGCUGUCAGGUACUGCAAAACAUCACGAAGAAGGGUCUCUUCAAGAUCCUGAUGUCAUUACCGGAUCAUCGAUAGAACUCCAUAAUCAAGAGCCUAUCCAUCCUGAUUUGACCGAACAGUGCGUAGAAAUUAUAUCCAUCGGUCGGAGUCACUCCGAUGCUGAUGAAAAUGCUGAAGAAUCCUCUGUCAUGAGUUAUCGGGGUCCAGCAACUGAAACUGGGGAGGUUUCCGAAAACAAAGACAGCAACGCUGAUAAGAGUACUGCUUAUCCAGUUGCUGGGGAACUGACUUCGCCUUGCGUGCGUAAAUACGUAGCCGAAGAAGUUGUUGAAGAAGCAAGGAAUUUAAACGUCUCGCCAGAGGCCGCGGAGAGUCUCGACGAAGUUGCCUUAUCGAACCUAGAAGACAAGAUACAUUCCGAAUUAACAAGUGAUCCUUGUAGUAACGAUAAGACUAAUCUUUUAACCGCCGAUAAGACUAAGCCCUUAACUAUCGAUAACCCCGAUCAGGGGUUGACCAUAGGACGUUCGAUCUCGCCGGAUUUGCAUAUCGAACCGCCUAACGAAUCUCCAAGCCGUCGUAAUGAGGACGAUAAUUCCGCGUUAAGUAAUGCAAACGAUAUUCGACAUCGCUUCGCAGACAAUGCACACAAUAGGGACGAGGACGUUACUCGUGAGACCACGGCUAGGGAAUUUUCUGGUGACCAAAAAAGAACCGCAAACGCCUCGCCGAUACCUGAAGAGGACCUUGAAGACCUUCCUCAAAAAAUGCAUUCCAAACUCGACGAAGACCUUUGCGUCGACGAGGACCCUGAGUCAACGUCGAAUGUCGAGGUCGAGGGUCGAGGAAAUUUUCAAUCCUUGAAGAAGGAGGAAGGAAGGAAUAUACAUCCUGAAAAGCGGUCCGUACUUUCCGAAGAGUCCCAUUCCAAAGCGAGAAACGAAUUCUGUGAUAGCACCAGGAGAGUGGAGGAACCUCGGGGGAACUCUUCUGGUAGUGAUGUCGAUGCGUGUCCAGACCUUGAAGAAGGUACCAAAGAAUCGUCACCGACCGUUCCGAAGACGAGCUCGGCAGUCGAGGGUCGUGAUAAGGACGAUAACGGUGCAUGGAGUAGUCCCAAGCCAGAUGGGUACCCUGAAGCAGAACAUGCAGAUCUUGAAGAGGACUUUCCACUUGCCGAAGAGUCUCGAUUUUUGGGAAACGCUCCCAAGGUCGCCGGAAACUUCAGCACCGAGAACACCGAAGAGGCGAUCGAUUUCGACAAGGACCCCUUUACUCGAGACUCGGUCGACCUUGAAAUCGGUGCAUCGUACCUCUUAAUCGGUAAAGCUGAUAAGAGUCCAUUAGUUCCUGAAGAGAGGGGAUCGGGGAGAGCGAAAAUGAACGAAGUUCCAGAAAAUGUCUCAGGUAGUUUCGAGGACUCCUUCGGACUGAACGACCGUUUAGGAACUUCGAGGGGGGCCGAAGAAGAUGCCGAAGAGAUCGAUCCCGCGACGUCGAGGGAGAUCGAGACCUUGAUGAAGAGCUCGACGUCCCCGGAUUUCGAUGGCGAUGUCGAAGCCUCCAGCUUUAAUUUCGACAAGUUCGACAUCGAGUCCAGAGAGGCCGACGACGUGGAGGAGGAUGAUAACAGCUAUCAGCAGAACACCCUAUCGAGCGAUCGGUGGUCAUCGAAGAUCAGCAGCAGGUACGAAGAGUGCGAGAAGUACAAGAAUCCUGAUGGCUACGUGAGUCCGACCUUGGCCAACCUGAACAACGUCGACCUGAACAGCGUUCCGGUGUUCACGACCAAAGACGGGAAAAUCACCUAUAGCCCAAAUCCGCGGUUCACUUAUCGGGCUCUUAUCAUGGAGGCGCAAGAACGAGGAAAGAAUUCCAACUCGAGGCAGGUCUGUUACCCAGAUACUUAUUCGCGAGAUUUCUUCGGGUAUUCCAGUCUACGUGAGUCGAGGUUCCGCCGGAAGAGCUCCCCCUUCGAGGAGGAUCCUGAAGAGGACCUUGAGGAGGGUAGGUACGGUCGACACCGACGGGACUUCUGGAACAGGAGGCAGGCCUGCGAUAGUCACUCGGAAAGGAGAGACAUCUCCAGGAUGAAGAGGAAAAGGGAGUCGAUAGAAGAAAGACGGUGCAAAGUUUCUAAGCGAGAUGAAAUCUCUGAUGAUGAAGACACGGAUGAAGAGGCAGAUAGAGGUGAUGCUCUGCCUGGAAUUAGCAGUAAGAGUUCCAUUACCGGGUUUUUGGACGAUUUGUUGUUGGACAGGCUGCAGCCAACCGUACCUUGCAAAUCUCACCUGGGUGGAGGGUCGAUAAGACCAGGAGGAGUGAGGCCUGCUCUUCAGGGGUUUUCUUUGGAUGUGGAGACCGGGCGAAGAGGUGGUUCUUCCAGGGGACUUCCUGAAGACCCCGGGGAGUCUUCGGGUUCAAGGAUGAGAGGGUCAUCGACUGUUCCUUUAAUUUCGAUGGAGAUGGAAAAUCCAAAAAUGAAAGAGUUUAAGAGAGUCGAAGAAUUUGAAGUGUCUCCUAAAUUUAGCGACCUUGAUGAUAAGAGAAGAGAAGCUUUCGGGCCCUCUUCCCGGAAGAGAAUCAGCACCGAUGAUUUAAUCGAGAGUCCGGACGUCGGUGUUGAUAAGGGAAUUAUUUUCGAACCUGGGAAGCAUGUCGUUGGCCAAAUCUGUAAAAAGGUGAUAAGAGGUGAUGACGAGGAAUUCCAUUCGACCUGUGAAUCACCAUUAAGGAUCGCCAGACAUGAAGAGAAGGUCGAAGUCGGGUCGAAGGUGAUAGAAAGUGAUCUCGAGGAUGAUAAAAAAAAUGUAUCUAUAUCAGCCGAAGUAUCGAUUGCGAGUAUACGGGAUCAAGGUAAGCCCAUCGACCCUGAAGAUCGGCAAGCUGUCGUGGACCAAAUAGAGGAGGUUGAGGUAAAAAUUGAUAACGAAGCAUUUUCGAUGUGCGAAUCGAUUGCAGUUGGUAGUAAACAGGAAAUGGACGUUAACGCUUCUAUCGAAGACGAAAGUUCUAUUUUGGAUGUUGAAAAGACUGUUGAAAUUAAUACAGAAUUUAUUUGCACGGUGAACAGUGAAGAAACCACCUCGAAAGAUGAGGCAGACCAAAGAGUUAGAUUAAAAAAAUCGCCCGAAACGGAAACUGAGUCGAAAAAAAAUAUCGACACGGAAGAUAUAACUGUUGCGACGGCAGAGAGUGGGAGCCUUGAAGAGGACCUAAAAGAAGGGAAGAAUAAUCUCAUAGAAAAUUCGCUGGACGAUUUAAAAAGGGAUACGAAAAAUCUGGCGAAAAGAAAGAAAAUUCCCGAUGCCUCGAAGAGGGCGAAUAAAAUUGUUGAAGAGUUGGAAAAAGAAUCAAGAAUUCUCGAAAUCCCCUACCCUGAAGAGGCACCCUCCAGUGAGGCUUUAAUUCACUCUAGUCAGGAGAAAAUUGUUAAAAGGAACCCUGAAGUGUCCAGUACGAAAAUGUCCAAGAAAAGGGAGAGGGAACACCGCGGGAAAAUAAUUUCUGAUAAACGGAAUUCUAAUGACUUGUCGGAGUCGAAGAGGUCGAAGGAACCAGGGUCUUCAGGGUCCUCGGAAAGGGACUCUGUCGCCAAGUGUAAAGUCUCCUCUCCUGUGAAACACCAUGAAGACGUAAUGGAAAAUCGUAGUAUUAAUAUCGUAGACGUUUCCGAGAAUCUUAAUAAGGAUCCCGAGUCGAUGGAGAGCGAGAUGGAAAGUCCGAUGAAAGAGUCGACUGUCCGGAGGCGCAGAAACAACGAGGAGACUUUUUCCUCGAGGAAAGAAGACCGGAAUUUCGAUGCGAAGGAGACGAAGAAGACGGAGAAGGAGUCCGGCACGUCUCUUCCUCCCAAGAUCCCGAAGAUGAUAAUAAAAAACAUCAAAUCGCGCCCCGGGACACCGAUUUUGGAAAGAAUCCCAGAGACCUCGAAGCGCACCUCUAAGAGCUCCACUCAGACCCAGAAGAGCAUCCGAGUGUCGAUCAAGCUAAAAGACGGAAUGGUCGACACAGGCUCCGGAACACUAUCCAAGGAUAUCCUGGCGAACGGUGGGAAGCUCCCAAAAAUCAAGAUCAAGCUCGAGGACGCGCUGCCGAAGGUGGUGAUCCAGAACCUGAAGAUCGACGGUACCAGCGAAGAAGGAGGGAGGAGAAAACUCGCCCCGAAGCUGAAGAUCAAGAAGAUAAAAAAUCCAGCCUCGGCAGAAGCCGACCAUCCAUUGACCUCGACCUCGAAGGACCUGACCUGCGAGCAGGUCUCCAGGAAAAGGAGAUCGGAGGGGAAAAGGGAAGACGAGAAGACAUCCUUCGAGGAGGCGAUGGAUGAUGCCGAAGAAGGUAUAAAAAAUGAAAAGCACUUGGAAAGGGACCAGGAUAGAAGAGAGAAGGUUCCAGUGCUGAAGAUCAGGAAACAGGACUCCAGCGACUCGGAUGGGCCUCUGGAAUCGAAGAAGAGGAGCAGGAGCAGUGGAUUCGAGGUCCUCUCCAAGAAGCCGAAAAAGACCUUGAAGGAGAACCCGAAGCAAGGGUCGGUUUCGACCGAGAGCGACAUCCCCGAAGUGAGGGACGCUGGUGAGGAUCGCAUUUUGCAGAUUUCAGGGAAGAUACCCAAGGUCAUUAUCAAGAGGGCUUCCUCGACUGCGGAGUUCAAGUGCGAGCUGAGCAAAGGACGUCGCAGGAAGAUCCUGAAGAGCGCCAACUGGCAGCCGGAGGUGCGGCUGGAGCGAUCCUGGGAGUUGGACCUCAUGGCGAAGGAUCUUCAGAGUCCGAGGUCGAGUUCAUUGGAAGACCUUGAAAAGGACCACGGAAGGAAUCGGUGCGAUUCUAGGAUCAGCUCGGAAUCUGGACCUCGAGGUGGACUCCUCAGGUCUAGGUCGGCUUCGGACCUGACAAACCUGAAGAGCGUGGAGAGGAGGAUGUCCGAUAGCGGAGUCGAGCGACAAAAUUCCUCGGUGGUCUCUUCAAGCUCAGCGAUAACUGAUGACGCGAACUCGAUAGACUCUACCGUUAUCACUGCCAUUGGCAGGGUCAGGGACGAACUUGAAGUAAUACCACGGGAUUCAAAGGAGAAAUCUUCGAAGGAAAAAUUCAGGAGCCUCGGAAAUGGCCUCGACGAGAACAUGAACCCUAAGGACGUCGAAGCUGAAGAGGAAAAGCGAAGUAAACGCGAAGGGGACGACUCCAAGGUAGGAAGAUCGUCGGAUAAGCGACGAAAGACGAAGAGGCGAAGAUCGGCUGAAGUGAGCAACAUCAUCGGUUCAGGAUCUGCCGUAAAUUCGUCCUUGAAGAGCGAACCAGCCGAAGAGGAGCUCUCUUUGAAGAAGGUGGAUCCUUCUGUGGGAAGUACAAUUUCUGAAGAAGAGUGCAGAACCGCUCCACUCUCGGAGGAACCGGAGGUUCCUCAGAAGAGGAUCCUGAAGAGCGAGCGGGGGUUCCCAGAGGGGGAUCUCGGUACAAAGGACACUCCUGAUAGUGCAACUUCGUUGUAUUCAAAUGAAGAUAAGGACCAUGAGAAGCUCGAUGUCCAGCUAAACGAUGCCGAAGAGGAACCCCUGGCAAAGGACCGAACUAGAAACUUGGCUCCUGGGACCAAUGUAGCCUUCUUCGAGUUCGAGGACAACGAUGGUACCUCCGUCAUCAAGAUCGAUUCUUCGGACGAGAGUCAGACUACCAUCGAAAUUCUCCCUGCCUCGCCGGAUUUUGGCCGAGAACCUGAAGAGAAGCCCAGUCGCAAAACCGAGGGCGAGGUUUUGUACUCUUCAGACUCCAUUCCUACGCAAUUCGGGUUCGAGCUGGAAAUUGGUGAGGAAAGUAUCUCGGAUCCUUUGGACAUCCCGAUACCUUUUACAGCUGAACCGAGAAUUCGAGCCGGAGAGUACGUCGAUUCCGUGGACUCGGUGGACUCGCUGGAUUCCGAAGAGGAUCGCAAACCUGGCGAUUUGAGGGAAGAAGCGCCCGGAGGAACCCUAACGAGCUCUUCAGGGGUCCAGGAGCGUUCUCCAUAUCCCAACUGUGAAGGGAAUUAUUUCUCCGAGGACACCAGGUCUUCGAGGAGCUUCGAGAGCUUCGACACUCUAAGUGGCCUUGGUGGUAAGAAGUUCUGCUGUUCCGAUUCCCUUGUCGAAGAGGUCCUGGCAGCGAAGGAGACUCUUAAGAAGUGUCUAUCCAAGGUGAGGGCGGAGAUCAAGGAGAGAGGGAAGCCCAGGCCCAGGACGGCGGCUGAGAAGAAACAGGGAUCGGGUUUCGAUCCUAGUCAACUCGCUCCUAGGAAGAGGACCUUGACGAGCCCUCGUCGGGAACGAGGUCUUCAGGGUGGUCCAAGAGAAAAUGGAAGAGAAGGUACAGAGACCGACUCUUCGAGAAAACAUUCUUCGGAAGGAAAUGCGACUCCCUCGAGGUCGCUACCAACCCUUGCGGAGACCAACCAGCGGGAGUCCACGACCCUGAAGGGGGACCACGCGGGAAGUGGUACCAUUUCGCUGAAGAGGAUUAAGCACCUGAAAAGGAAUCCAGUCGACCGACCGGCAAACGUUAUUGCUGGAGAUGGGGAACUCGAAGCCGUUGCCGUCCACCCUGAAAAGAAGGACGAAGAGACCCUCUCUUCAGAACAUACUCCAGAGAAAGCGAAGGUGGCGAAACGGUCCGCUUUGGAUCAGGGUGACGAAGUGGAUGGAGAAAUUAAAUCUUACAAGAUCCCGAAGAAGUCUGCUCUUCAAGGUCCUCUGGUGGAGGCGGUCAAGGUGCUCCAAGCACCAAACCAGGGCACCAAGUCGCCGACGGAUGACAAGAUGCCAGUUUUAGAACCAGAAGUCACUUUAAAUUUCGAGACGACCUCGGACCGCGACGACUCCCGGUCGCCGCCUGUUAUCACUAAUCAGGAGGGCACGGAAGUGCCCAAGAGCCUUGAAGAGGACGUAUCGAAGGAAGAGGUUUUCGCGGCCGAGACCAAGAUCGACCAGGAGCCCGAGAUAACGCUGGCCGACGUCGUCACGGAGCUGGCUUAUCACGAAAAGGCGACCAUCAGGCACAGGCGGUACUGCACUUUGUGCGAGAGGUGGUUCCCCUCCGUGGCAAGGCAUCGUCGACAUCUGAAUGGUUAUCAGCACAGGCACACCGAGCUGACCCAACGAAGAACCGUCCAUGCACUCUUUAUGCUCUUCACCGGGAAACCUUGUCCUCGACUGUUGCCGGUUAAUACGGCUCGGGUCGACUGUCUCCCAGGUGAACCGACGCCUCUUCAGGUCGCUCUUCAGGACGUGGCAACGGGACUGCAUGAGGCGUGUAACAACAUGAAAAAGCGAAGCGAGAAGAAGAAGUGACCACCGUGAAACGAAGAAA